UAUCCGUCCAAAUUUCGUACAAAUAAAAUUACUAACAAGUCUAAGAAUUCAUCUUUCACCUUCUCAAUUUGGCAUUAAUAACAUACCAUUUGGUAUAAAUGAAUUCCAUAAUUUUUUAGGAAUUCAUUUUGAAAUGAAACAUUUUUGUGUUUGAUAUUUAAAAGAAUUCAUUUUCAAUUCUAAAUUUUGAAUUCUAUGGAAUUGGUACUAGUUAGUUAUAGCAAUUCCGAGGAAUUGAGAUAGAAAUUUCCAAAUGAAUUCCACAACUAUUUACUAAUUAUAAUAGAAUGACAUAAUUAUCCUCUUUAUUAACUAAAUUAUUUAUAUACAUAACAUACCAAACACAGGAAUUCAAUUGACGAUGAAAUGGGGAAUCGGAUAUGGGAAUGGCCAAUUAAACAAACCAGUGGUUUGGCAGUGCGAUCAGAAAAGACAUCAACUCGACACAAAGUCCCCUCCUUCUAUUUUCAUUAUCAUAUGUUAAUCUCUGCUCCAACCACAUUCUACAUUGUUAAUGACUUCAUGUCCCCUGAUAACAUCUAGAAGGCACCUUGCAUCGGAAAAAUUCGGAAAGAGAACUGCCAUAACCUCUAUGAAUAUCCGACAAACUUAUAAGAACGAAAAUUGAAUCGAAGACAACACUGUACCGAUCCUUAUACCUUACUACUCGAGCCAGCCACGAGUUAUGAUUACAAGAAUGCCGACUUGAUUUGUUGUUACCAAAUGUCGAGACUCUGUUCAUGUAUGUCCAAGUCCUUGACCGAUUCUAUAAUCAAUACAAACCACAGAGGACGCAAUGCAGGUUUCCUCUGCUUUCCUGGAAGCUUCGUUGCUGCUGGCCAUGGAUUCCAACUCUCCUUCUGUCAGCAUUUGCUGGCAUUACUGUACACGACAACAACCCCUUCAUUGGUUAUUAUACUGACAAAUUUGAGAGGUUAAUCCGGAAUCGGAGCCGCGGCGGUUGAAUCGGAAAAAUCCUUCGAAAUUGGAAUGAAGAUUUGAACUGUGACUGGGAAGGGAUUUUUCCGGUUCUUCUAAGCACUGAAAGAUGGCGGGAGAAUGGAGAAGAGGGGAUGGCGGCGGGAGGUGACGUGUCAAACUAAAACACUAACAAAAAUUUAAAUAUUUUUUAAUUGAGAAAAACUCUCCAAUUUCAACUUUUCCAAGCCUUUGAAGUCAAGGGUCUCCCUAAUCCUUCUUCCCGGGCCACAGAGGAAGAAAACAGAGCAAUCUCUGUUCUUCGGAAGCUGCUACUCCGAGGAAGAAACAGAGGAAGAACGAUGGUGAACCAAGAGAGGCUGACGCUGCUACUGGUAAAUCUGGCGGGGAUCAUGGAGCGAGCCGACGAAUCGCUGCUACCAGGAGUCUACAAAGAAGUCGGCGCCGCUCUCCACACCGACCCAACCGGUUUGGGUUCCUUAACCCUCUUCAGAUCCAUCGUCCAGUCCUCUUGUUACCCUUUGGCAGCUUACCUUGCUUCCCGCCACAAUCGCGCCCACGUCAUAGCUCUCGGCGCUUUCCUCUGGGCUGCCGCCACUUUCCUCGUCGCGAUUUCGUCCAGUUUCUUGCAGGUGGCAAUUUCUAGAGGCCUGAACGGGAUUGGACUAGCCAUAGUAACACCCGCAAUCCAGUCCUUAGUCGCUGAUUCCACUGAUGACAGCAAUCGUGGGACUGCAUUCGGAUGGUUACAGCUAACAGCAAACCUUGGCUCCAUCAUUGGAGGCCUGUGUUCAGUGCUGAUUGCUUCAACUACCGUCAUGGGGAUUCCUGGCUGGCGAGUGGCUUUCCAUUUGGUUGCCAUAAUAAGCGUAGUAGUUGGCAUUUUGGUUCGUCUUUUCGCUCAUGAUCCACAAUUCUCCAACGACAACAACAAACAACCCACCAAGCAGCAACAGAAGAACUCUCCACCUCGGACUUUCAUCUCUGAGAUGAAGGAUUUGAUGAAAGAAGCCAAAUCAGUGAUGAAGAUACCGUCUUUCCAGAUAAUUGUAGCUCAAGGUGUGUCUGGUUCAUUUCCUUGGUCGGCUCUAUCUUUUGCUCCAAUGUGGUUGGAACUUGUGGGCUUUUCGCAUGAGAAGACGGCAGUGUUGAUGGCACUCUUUACGAUUGCACUUUCUCUUGGCGGACUGUUUGGUGGGAAAAUGGGAGAUGCUUUGGCUAGAAGGUUACCGGAUUCUGGAAGGAUUGUUCUGUCUCAGAUAAGUUCUGGCUCGGCUAUUCCUUUAGCUGCUGUUCUACUUCUGGUGCUGCCAGAUGAUCCAUCGACAGGUUUCAUUCAUGGUUUGGUCUUGUUCAUCAUGGGGCUUUCGAUAUCUUGGAAUGGUCCAGCUACCAACAAUCCAAUAUUUGCAGAGAUAGUACCUGAGAAAUCACGGACAAGCAUCUACGCUCUGGACAGAUCAUUCGAGUCGAUCUUAGCUUCUUUUGCUCCUCCAGUGGUGGGAAUCCUGGCUCAACAUGUCUACGGCUACAAAGCCCCCAAAAGAUCAUCAAUGGCAGGGAGUACUGUCCAAAUUGAGACAGACAGGGAGAACGCUGCAUCACUUGCCAAGGCGCUCUACUCAGCAAUCUGCAUACCGAUGGCGGUGUGCUGUCUCAUCUACUCGCUACUGUACUGCACAUACCCAAGAGACCGCGAUCGUGCAAAGAUGAGUGCACUGAUCGAGUCCGAGCUCCAGCAGUUGGAUGAUGACAAUGGUGAUGAUGAACGAACCGUCAUGGAUAUCGAGUACGGGAAAGAUGAAGAGAACAAUGCUGGUUUGGAUGAGAGUGAUGAGAAGGGUUUACUGUGUGAUGAUCACGUUGUGAAGUUGGAUCACAGAUGAUUGUCAUGAACCAGAAUGAUGAACAGUGUGCUUAGUUUUGUUAGCAUGAGAGUGUCUAGAUAGUAAAUAGUAUAUGUAUACUCACCUGCUGUGUUAAGCAUCAUAGGAACAGAAAAGAUAAUGACUUUACCCUGUAAAUUUCUUUUAGAGGAUGAGAAAAAAGUUCUGCCAUUUUU